AUGUACAUUAGAUGCUUACAUGACGAAAGAAUUGAACAUUUUGUUUUUUUAGUAACUGUUUCAUAUCAAAUGCCAGAUUACAUUUUGAUUGAGUUCAGCACAUUUGUAGGUUUAGCACAAAGGCCUACAUUUAGUACAUGUGAAAACACUAUUCAUGUACCAACAACUUACUGCAGUUAUCAAGAGUUAAGGCAAAAUUUUGAUUUAUGUUUAUUAUCAGAUGAAGCAUAUCUUUACACAACAUAUUAA